CGGCUGGUCAAGGUUGGAGCGUGAAAUAUGUGAUGAAUUGGUUGUGGAUGAGGGGGGGGGGAUUUUGCCCUGAUGGGUAGGUUAGCUGCUCUUCUAUCAUCGAGCGUGGUUGUACAAUAUUGUAUUAUGAUGGAGUCCCAAAGUAGACGAGAUUCUAUCAGGGGAAAAAAUGUUCAAAACGUUGUAAAGAGAUGCCUCCACGAACAAAGAUAGCUGAGGAAAACAAGACACAAUAUCUCAGAUAUAUACAGCAGAUACUGAGCCAGUCAUGCGCGGUUACUUACCUUCGACUACCAGGGUUCCUUUCAAUCACGACUACAUGUUGAGACGAUCUACACAUCACACAGGCCUCAUCGUGCUGUGCACUCAGCCCAGACAUAGUGUCACUCUCAGCAAGACCCAGCCAGAAUCGAAAGCCUGCCUCGAAACGACAGACCUCAAACCCGCUCUAUGCCAACAUUCCUCCCUAAAGACAGCUCACAGCGUCAAAGUCCCCAAACCACAUCUCGAAAUCUCUUCAAAUCACAUGGAACAGAGACGCGCAGUUGGCGCAUCUAACUGGCGAACUCCGCCAUCCUCCCCGUCCGCAGCAUCCUCCCCGUCCGCAGCAUCCUCCCCGUGGCGCAGGAGUCAGAAAUCAUCGAUAGAAUCGUCGAUCCUCCACAGCCAUGCCCGCUCUAUCAACCGGGCCCAGACCGGCAGACUGCAACCAGCCCUGCAGAACUCCCCUCUCGAAACCCGCAAAACGCAUCUCGAUCCAGCACAAGUCGUGGGCCAGGCAAGGCAAGAAAUGCAACUGCCUUGGUUCCAGCAAGGCGUACAUGCAUCCCCGAAAGCCAAGUCGAAAUCUUCACCAGACCGCCCCUCACAGCCUUACCGUUACCCCUCCAUCCUCCGUGUGUCUCAGAGCGCCGCUUCACUUGAAGAAAAACACCGUUCUGAUAUUCACCGCGUACAGAACGGGAAGGGUAGAAGGACAUGGGCGCAGAUCGACCUAGUGCCCCUGAUCGGCCUUCUCUGGCGUCCCUGAUGAUCGGACAUACUAGGACGACCCAAUGCUAUGUUUGGCAACCGAGUGUGUCUCGCCUUGUCCUUGUCCUAUAUGGCGUGCAUCGGAAGAUGGGAAAGUAGUGUGUACACACGGUCUCUCGACG